AUGAAGCGUUUCGGCGCCAGAGUCCUUUCUCGGGGCAAGGACUCGAGCAAGUCUUCCAAAAAGAAUAAGGAUUCCAAGGAUGGGACCGCGUCGCCGAAUGCUUCGGCAAGGGAUUCCAACCAGUCCCCCGUCGUGACCCCAUCUUCCUCUACCUCGACCUUGAACGACAUUCGCAACAAGCCACUGCCUCCCAACAGUGCCGCCCAUGCCGAUCACGCCGCGCUCGCUGCUCAGGCCCAGCUGGGCAGCACUGGCGUGAGCCCUAGUGUACCGGACAGAUUUGGUGGUGGCGCUGCUGGGCAGCCCCAGGGCGCUAACGGCGGCAGCACGCCUGCUAGACAUGGGGCCCUACCUCCCACCGUUAUCAUCAGCCCAAGCGCUCCGCACGUACCGCCCCCCGGUGCCCCUGAGACGAUGCCCCACGAUCUUGCCCCGCCGAAGGCCGGCCAAAAGUCCCUGAUGUUCGACCGCUUGCACCAGACGCCCAAGGACGUCCUAGAGGGCCCCAAGACGCCUAGGCGGCAACACUCAUCACGGUUCGAUAUUUCCGCCCACCGGGAGUUGGAAAAGCUUCCCGGAUUUCACGAGGUACCCCCCGGACGUCGGGAAGACCUCUUUAUGAAGAAGAUUGAGCAGUGCAAUGUCAUCUUCGACUUCAAUGACGCCAGCGCCGACAUGAAGUCCAAGGAAAUCAAGCGACUGGCCCUCCAUGAGCUCCUCGAUUACGUCGCCAACAAUCGGCAGGUCAUCACCGAGCCCAUGUACCCGGUCGUUGUUGGCAUGUUCGCCAAGAACCUGUUCCGUCCGAUCCCGCCGCCGAUGAACCCCCAAGGCGAGGCGUUCGACCCGGAAGAGGACGAACCUGUCUUGGAAGUCGCUUGGCCUCAUAUCCAGGUUGUGUACGAGUUCUUCCUCCGAUUCAUCGAGAGCCAAGACUUCAACACGAACAUCGCCAAAGCCUACAUCGACCACAGCUUUGUUCUUCAGCUCCUUGAACUGUUCGAUUCCGAGGACCCCCGCGAGAGGGACUUUUUGAAGACGACCCUGCACCGGAUAUAUGGCAAAUUCCUCAACCUCCGAUCCUUCAUCCGCCGCUCCAUCAACAAUGUCUUCUUCCAGUUCACCUACGAAACUGAGCGGUUCAACGGCAUUGCCGAGCUGCUAGAGAUCCUGGGCUCCAUCAUUAACGGGUUUGCCCUACCUCUUAAAGAGGAACACAAGUUGUUCCUGACAAGGGUCCUGAUCCCUCUGCACAAGGUGAAAAGUUUGAGCAUGUACCAUCCUCAACUCGCAUACUGCAUCGUGCAGUUCCUUGAGAAGGAUGCUUCUCUGACAGAAGAGGUCGUGCUUGGCCUCCUGCGAUAUUGGCCCAAGGUCAAUAGCACGAAAGAGGUCAUGUUUCUCAACGAGGUCGAAGACAUUUUUGAGGUUAUGGAUCCCGCCGAGUUUGCCAAAGUCCAAGAGCCUUUGUUCCACCAGCUCGCAAAAUCCGUGGCGAGUCCGCACUUCCAGGUCGCCGAGAGGGCACUCUACUUCUGGAACAACGAGUAUUUCUGCAACCUGGUCAGCGACAAUGUUGAAAUCAUCCUGCCCAUCAUGUUUGCCCCUCUCUACGAGAACUCCAAGGGCCACUGGAACAGGACAAUUCACGGCAUGGUUUACAACGCCAUGAAAUUGUUCAUGGAGAUCAACCCCCAGCUCUUCGACGAUUGCUCACACGAGUACACGGAGCAGCAAAAUAGCGCUGCGACGAGAGAAGCUCUCCGCCAAAGGAAAUGGGCCGCUAUCCAGGAUCAGGCCAACCGGAGGAAAGCCGUCAACGGCUCGGCUGCGUCCGCCGGGCCACCGCCGUCACGGAUGGCCCCGAGCACGCUGCCGCGCGUCGACGAGAUGCAAACGGCCGAGGAUAACCAGAUGAGGCUCGACUCGCUUAAGCUGCAAGACGUCGACCGCAGGGAUCAUCAUCGACCCGGGAUGCACGACAGACAAAACUCGGUUGGCUCGGCGCGGGGUCAACGGUGA